ACAAAAAGGAGGACAAUUUCCAGAAAGUUGUCAACAGCUUAAUGCUACCCCAGGCAUGGACAUUUUAAGUGUAGUCUGUAUUUUUUUCUACUUGGGAAAAAGUUGGGCACAAGAGCAAACGUAUGUUGUCUCAGCACCUAAAGUAUUCUAUGUUGGAGCCUCUGAAAAUGUAGUAAUUCAAGUUCAUGGAUACACGGACUCAUUUGCUGUGACCAUUGCUAUUAAAAGUUAUCCUGAUAAAAGUUUUACAUAUUCUUUUGGCGAAGUUAAUUUGUCUCCAGAAAAUAAAUUCCAAAGCUCUGUAAACUUAACUAUGCAACCAAAAGAUUUAUCUGGAGGACCAAAUGCAGUUUCAUAUGUAUAUUUAGAAGUUGUAUGUGAUCAUUUUUCAAAAGCAACAAAAAUUCCACUCCGCUAUGACAAUGGAUUUAUCCUCAUUCAGACAGACAAAUCUGUUUACAAUUCAGAUGAGUCAGUAAAAGUUAGAAUUUAUUCAUUGGACGAAGACUUAAAGCCAUCACAAAGAGAAGUUACCAUAACUUUUAUAGAUCCAGCAGGGUCAGAAGUUGCCAUGGUAGGAGAAAAAAAUUAUACUGGAAUUAUCACUUUUCCUGACUUCAAGAUUCCAGUUAAUCCUAAAUACGGUUCAUGGACAAUUAAAGCUAAAUACAAAGAGGACUUCACAACAACAGCAGUUGCAAUGUUUGAAGUUAAAAGCCAUGAUUUACAUUCAGUGAAACCACACUUCUUCAUCUUAGUAGAACCAGAAAAUUACUUCAUUAGCCAUAAAAAUUUUGAGGACUUCAAGAUUACAAUAAAAGCUAGAUAUUCUUAUAGUGAGAAUGUAACAGAGGCUAAAGUUUCUGUCUUUUUUGGGAUAAGAGAAGAUUUACAUGGGAGUGGAAAAGAAAUGAUGCAUGAAGCAACACAGAAGACAGAGCUGAUUGAUGGAGUUGCACAAAUUAAUUUUAAUACUUCAAGGGCAAUUAAGAAACUGUCAUAUAAAAGUCUAGAAGAUUUAAAUAACAAGUAUCUUAAUAUUUUUGUGGAAGUACAAGAAAGUACAGGUACAUUCUUCCAAGAAACCAAAGUGACUGAUAUCAAAUACGUCCUCUUACCUUACACACUGGAUUUGGUUGCUACUCCUCUUUUCCUGAAGCCUGGAAUUCAAUACUGCAUCAAGGUACAGGCGAAGGAUGCCUCUACCCAUUUCGUAGGAGGGAUUGCGGUAAUCUUGAAAGCAAAAACAGUUGGUAAAACUCAGGAGAAGAGAGAACUGGAUCCAAUAAAAAGCACAACAAAUUACAAUGAUGGAGUAGCUUCAUUUGUGGUUAACAUUCCCUCUGAUGUGACAAUGCUGGAGUUUAAUGUCAGAACUGAUGAUCCAGACAUUCCAGAAGAAUAUCAGGCCAGCAAUGACUAUCAAGCUGUGGCCUACUCAUCACAUAGCCAAAGUUUCCUUUCCCUUAGCUGGACAGACAGUCACAAGAAUUUGCUUGUGGGAGAACAUCUGAGCAUAACUAUUACCCCUGAAAGUCCGUAUGUUGACAAGAUUACACACUACAAUUACUUGAUUUCAUCUAAGGGCAAAAUCAUACACUUUGGCACAGAGAAGAAACUCCCAGGUUCAUCUUACCAGCUUUUAAACCUUUCUGUGACUCAGCAUAUGGUUCCUACAGCCCGUCUCCUGGUAUAUUACAUUGUCACAGGACAGCAGAUAACAGAAUUAGUAUCUGACUCAGUCUGUCUAAAUAUUGAAGAAAAAUGUAGCAACCAGCUUCAGAUCUAUCUGUCUCCAAAUAAAGAUAUAUAUUCUCCAGGCGAAACUGUAUCUCUCACUAUGGAAACUCAGUCAGAAUCGUGGAUAGCGUUAUCAUCAGUGAGCCGUGCUAUAAAUAGCAUCCAAGAAAGAAGCAAAAAUAACAUGGAAAGAAUACUGCAAUCUUUUGAUAAAAGUGGCCAGGACUGUGGAGGAAGUGGUGGCAGGAAUAAUGCUGAAGUGUUUGACUUAGCAGGACUCACUGUCCUCACCAAUGCAAAUGGAGAUGACUCCCAACAAGAUGGUGGAUUGUUGGAGAAAAUUCCCAGAUCAAGAAGAGAAUUAAAAGAGAAAAUAGAAAGUCUAGGUGCUCCAAAGUUUCAUGUUGUUUUCAGAGGUUAUGAUGAAGUGAUCCAGGAUCUGCUACAUUUUCUCAUUCUAGCUAAUUGAUGUAGACCAGAUGAAAAGAUCUGUAGGCACACCCAGCUUUUGAUCUUUAUACGAGUGAAGCAAACUGGUUAAAUUAACACACAUUUACUUCGCAGAGUCUUAACUUAAAAGAAAUAAGUCACCACCAUAGCCAUUCUCUAUAGUGAUGAUAGAGUUGCUUUCUAAUUGUCUCAUAGAUCUUCCUCUCUCUCAGAGUAGCUGGUGCAGCAGUUAAAUGUGUAGCUUCCCCCCACAUUCUCACAAAAGCUAGGUCUGAUGAACUUUAGGUUGAAAUAAUAGCUAAUGCUAAUUGAGGACUUACUACAUGCCAGGCACUGUGGAUGCCUCAUAAUCAGAUUUUCUCCUUGAACACUCACACCAAUCUCAUGCAGUAGGUACUCUUAUUACCUCCAUUUUCCAGAUGAAAUCAUCAAGGCCCAGAGAAUUUAAUAAUAAGUAACAUGUCCAACAUCUUGGGC